CUGAGAACGACCUAGCUCUCAAUGCCAGCAAAACAAAGGAACACAUUAUUUACUUUUGGCGGGAUGUUACUCAUAUCCCCCCCUACACAUUAACAGCACAGAGGUGGAACAACUGGGGACUGUCAAGCUCCUGGGCGUGCUUAUCCACAACAAGCUUUCUUGGACUCUUCAUGUGGACACACUGUUUACAAAGGCCCAACAAUGUCUCCUCUUCCUCAGGCAGCUGAAGAAAUUUGGCAUGAAAGCGAAUACCCUUGCCAACUUUUAGAGGUGCGCUAUUGAGAACCUUCUGUCUGGAUAUAUCACUACCUGGUAUGGCAACUGUAUCAUUCAAGGUCGGAGCCAGUUACAGAGAGUGGUGAACUUUGCCUUUACAAUCACAAGGGCCAACCUUCCAUCUAUAGAAUCCAUCUACCAGGCCCGCUGUUAAGAAAAGGCCGUCAGCAUUGUUAAAGAUCCAUCCCACCCUGGCAAUGUUUUUCUACAACCCCUACCAUCGGGGAGAAGACAGAUCCAUGGAGAUGAGUCAGGAUCCACCUGAGCAGAACAUCAAGAUGAAAAGGAAGAAAGGAGAUGAGCCUGUAGAGCACGUCACAGUAAAGAAAAGAAAAAAGGUAACAGAAUAUUUUGUAGACACAGAAGUGGAGGAAAAAAUUGAAGCAUGUUCACUCAAGAUAAGAAAGCGAAGAAAGAAAAUCUCUGACAUUGUACUGAGCUCAGCUCCGAAACCUGCAACCCCAGCUGAUUUGCAGAAUAUGAUUGCUCAAUAUUUCAAAAAUGAUCGCUCUGUAAUAGAACUCGAGGAACUGAAGCUACCAGAUUCUUGUUUUCUUCAAAGCAAUGACCUCACUCACACCCUGUCCUCCUAUCUGAAACAAGUUUGUCCCAAGUGGGUGAAGCUGUGUAAGAAUCACACAGAGAAGAAGUCUGCGCUGAUGUUGAUAAUAUGCAGCUCUGCUCUCCGAGCUCUUGAAAUGAUCAGAACGAUAACAGCUUUUAAAGGUGACUGUAAGACUCUAAAAUUGUUUGCAAAGCAUAUUAAGGUAGACGACCAGAUAAAAUGGCUUGCCAAGGGGGUGGUACACCUUGGUGUAGGAACACCAGGACGGAUUAGAAGUCUCAUCGAGCAAGAUGGACUCAGUAUACAGUCUCUGAAGUAUGUAAUCCUUGAUUGGAAUUGGCGUGAUCAGAAGCUUAGAAGAUUAAUGGAUAUUCCAGAGGUGAAACAGGAAACAUUGAAGCUACUGGAAACAAGUAUCAUACCUGCCUGUAAAAGUGGAUCUGUAAAACUGGGUCUCUAUUAAGACCAGUUAUUCCAUGCCAAAAAUCAACCCUAUUUGUUGGUUCCCUCCUUUGUGAAAGCAGACAGGAUUUUUUGUUAUUAUAAGUUGCAUGCUUAUUCCUGAAUUUAAUAAAAUG